CAUGCGUAGUGACUCUUGAACCGAAAGUUAACAUGGAAAGAUCCGAUAAGACGCGGAUGAGGUCGACUUCAACCUGAUAACUCGAUUGACCUUACAUUUUUAUCCAUGGUACGUUUUGGAUAUCGGACCCCAUUCCCGAAGUACACUGUUAUUGCCUCUACCCGACAUUGUAAUCAGGAGGCUGAAAGUGAUCUCUCGAGUUCUCAGGAUUCCAGUGGCCUGCCAUGAUGAAGGCCCAGCAGGAUGGCGAACUCCAAGAGGGUUCCCCUCAUGACAACGGCGACAUUCAGACCAACCAGUACAACUCCAUCUCACCUCCGUCCUCCCCCACUGACUUAGAUCAGCCCUUCUCCACAUACUUUGAGGAGAAGGUGGCCAUUCCCGAAAAUGUCAAUCAGGUGUUCAGUUUUAGGAAACUCUGGGCUUUCACUGGACCAGGGUUCUUGAUGAGCAUCGCUUACUUAGAUCCAGGGAACAUUGAAUCUGACUUGCAGUCCGGAGCUAAAGCUGGAUUUAAGCUCUUAUGGGUGUUGUUAGGAGCCACCAUCAUUGGGCUGCUGCUGCAGAGAUUGGCAGCACGUCUUGGCGUCGUCACGGGGAUGCACCUGGCGGAAGUUUGCAACCGGCAAUAUUCCACUGUGCCACGAAUCAUCCUAUGGAUAAUGGUGGAGUUGGCGAUUAUUGGGUCAGACAUGCAGGAGGUGAUUGGAUGUGCAAUAGCUCUCAAUCUUCUGUCUGUUGGCAGUAUCCCCUUAUGGGGUGGUGUACUCAUUACCAUCACGGAUACAUUUGUCUUCCUCUUUUUGGACAAAUACGGCCUGAGGAAACUUGAAGCUUUCUUUGGCUUUCUUAUCACUAUAAUGGCAAUAAGUUUUGGUUACGAGUAUGUGGUUGUGAAGCCAGAUCAGGGGGAGGUCUUGAAGGGCAUGUUUGUACCAUACUGUGCGGGAUGUGGGGCCACACAACUGGAGCAGGCUGUUGGCAUCAUAGGCGCCGUCAUCAUGCCGCACAACAUCUACCUGCAUUCAGCUCUGGUCAAAUCUCGUGACAUCGACCGUCAAAAUAAAAAAGAAAUAAAGGAAGCCAACAAGUACUUCUUCAUUGAGUCAACCAUCGCCCUCUUCGUCUCAUUCCUCAUCAACGUUUUUGUUGUAGCCGUCUUUGCCCAGGCUUUCUUCAAUAAGACCAACAUGGACGUGCACAAUGUGUGCAAUGCAACCAGCAUCCCUCACCAAGAUCUAUUCCCGCUCAACAAUGAAACACUGGAGGUUGAUAUCUACAAAGGGGGGGUGGUUCUGGGCUGUUUCUUUGGUCCCGCUGCGCUGUACAUCUGGGCCAUCGGCAUCCUUGCAGCAGGGCAGAGCUCCACCAUGACAGGCACCUACUCUGGCCAAUUUGUUAUGGAGGGUUUUUUAAACCUGCGGUGGUCUCGCUUUGCACGAGUGCUCCUCACCCGCUCCAUCGCCAUCACACCAACACUGCUGGUGGCCAUUUUUCAGGAUGUGCAGCAUCUGACAGGGAUGAACGACUUCCUUAAUGUGCUACAAAGCAUGCAGCUUCCUUUUGCCUUGAUCCCAAUUUUGACCUUCACCAGCCUGACGUCCAUCAUGAAUGACUUUGCAAAUGGCAUGUUUUGGAAGAUCGGAGGUGGCCUUGUUAUCCUUAUGGUUUGUUCCAUCAAUAUAUACUUUGUGGUGGUUUAUGUGGCGACUUUAAACAGCGUGCUGCUCUACAUCCUGGCCGCUCUACUCUCCAUCGCCUACAUGUGCUUUGUAGGCUACCUGGCGUGGCACUGUUUGGUUGCCCUGGGGGUCUCCUGCCUGGACUUUAGCAUCCGGAUGGGAAUCGGACGGCAUACGGACAUUUACUUACUGAACGACAUAGACGUGGAUGUUGUGAACGAGAGAUAGGAGAGCAGGUAACAGAAGGACGGCUGUCAGUGAUCGGAGGUCCAGAACGCCAAGUGGACCGCUGCAAUAUAGCCAGGAUCUUUGUGCCUUCCACGUUAACGUGCUCCUUAAAAUGUCUGAUACUGUUGUUGUUCCGUUUAUAUCAAAAUGCCUUUGCAACAUCAGCCAAGUUUCUAAUUACAAGGGUACAUGUUGCACUUUUAUAUGUGGUUGAAUAAAAGAAAUGCUAUACAGGAGAAGAAAGUACCCCAAAACAGCAAUGCCAAAAAAAUUAUUUAAAAUAUAAUAAAAAGGCAAAUUAACAUAUAUGAAGUGGAUCAAACAAAAUACUUUUACAUUGAUAAUGUUUUUAGCUACUUUUAAAUUAUUUAAGAAAAAUAUGUGAAUAAUUUUUAAGAAAUGCCAUUAAGAAAAAUAAAAUGGCAUGUUCAUCUAUGCCACACUGUCCCCAAGUUAUUAUUGAGGAAGUGUUUUUUUAUUGGGUCUAUUUUUUGAUAAUGGGUAUUUUGUCUUGAAAGGGGUUCCAAAAUGUUUGUAUUCUGUUUUUCUUCCUGUUUUACAAAGUGCCAACUUCAUUGGAGUUGAAGUUUGCAAUUAAUCUGUUGGAUGCUGGUUGAAUUUAUGGAAGGAAACCUGCUAAGUGCAGAAUGUGCAACUUUAGUCAUCUCAUGUGAUCAACACUAUUACUUGGUAAUAUAGUUGGUCAUUUCUCCUAAGUCCGCUUAUUUAUAAGAUGAGCAUAUUUUUAAGUGAUGAGCUGGGAAGAAAACUAUAUUUAGGGAACUGCUGAAAAUAAGACAAUUCGAGUGUUGCAUUGCGGGUGGUAGCUUUCAAAUGUAGCCUUUUUUUGUUCAGUAUGGUGGAGCACUUGCACUAAUUGUGAAUUAGCAGCUUUACGAUGUAACUCGUUGGUGUAAUGUCCUGGUAUUGUCAACACAAUCAUUUUUUUUCAUGCAACCAUUUCUGCUGCUCAUGCGCAUCUUUGCCAUAAUCAGAAAAUGGUACAAAAUGUUGAAACCAUUGAAUGCAGCUUGGUUUAAAUAAGGUUGACUAAAUCUGGUGCCGCCUCCUGUGGGCCUCACAGUUAAACAAACUCGAAUGUUUCUGCAGGAUUAAGUCCUGAACCAAAUAUGUUUUUAAAUUAUCUUUUAUUAUUACUAUUCAUGUCAAUGUCUCCUAGUUGUUCCCCUUUAAGCUAAAUGUGGUCAAGAAAAUGUAUUUAGAUAUUUACGUAUGGUCUGUCCCACUUUACGGUGCAUCAAUGUUCACUUCUGACUGGAUUCACAGUGCUUUAUAUAUUCUUGGAACAAAAAAAGAAGGGGAGGGGGGGGAGCUUUCUUUUAUAAACCAGAUCACACUUGAAUCAGUAACAAUAAAAAUGCCAUUUUAGCCAUGCCAAGCUGAAUGGUAGAGGAAAAUAUGUAUGAUGUAAAUCACUUGCUGACCACAUCAUGUUACAUGAUAAACCAGCUGGAAGGACAAGAAACUGACUGACAUUAAGUAGAUGUCUAUUUUUUUAAAUGAUAGUUGUAUAUUUUGACCGUAUCGGCACUUUAUUGUGGUUAUUUCAAAAAUCAUGGUUGCAUGUAUAAAGGUAUACCUUGUCUUUGUAGUUUAAUAAACGUGGGAAGAAUGUGAACUUCAA